AUGUCCAUUUCUGGAACUUUAAGUAACUAUUACGUGGACUCCAUCAUAAGUCACGAUAGCGAUGAACUCUCGACCCCGGCUCGCUUUCCCAGCGUCCAGUAUUCCGGCUCGAGCUCGGCGGCGGCCGUGGCCGGAGGCGGGCGGCAGCCGGGAGGCGCCGCUCAUGCGGAGCAUCCCCAUCCCGACUCGUACCCGUCCUGCAGCUUCCAGCCGAAGCCCCCGGUCUUCUCGUCGUCCUGGAGCCCGUUCAGCCCGCACCACGCCGCCAACGGCCUCCCGACCGUCUACCACCCCUACAUCCCGGCCCAGCACGUGCCUUCCGCGGACACUCGGUACCUCCGCUCCUGGCUGGACUGCGCACCGCGCGGCUCCGAGUCGGUCCCGGGGCAGGGCCAGGCGGGGCAGGUCAAGCUGGAGCCGCUGCUCGGCCACCUCGGCGGAGAGAUCCCGCCCAAGAUAGGCGGACAGCACCAGCACGAGACCACCACGUACAUCCUCGAGUCGUCUUCGGCGGCAACGGCUCGCGAGCUGAGCCACCAUCCGGCCGCCAUCCCGGGCACCGGGUUCGACGAAAAUAAGGACAUUUGCGACGGGAGCGAGGACAAAGACGGACCGGAUCAAAAUGACCCCUCCGCCAACUGGCUGCACGCGCGCUCCUCGAGGAAGAAGCGCUGUCCGUACACCAAGUACCAGACGCUCGAGCUGGAGAAGGAGUUCCUCUUCAACAUGUACCUCACGCGGGACCGGCGGCACGAGGUGGCGCGCGCGCUGAACCUGACGGAGCGGCAGGUGAAGAUCUGGUUCCAGAACCGAAGGAUGAAGAUGAAGAAACAGAGCAAGGAUCAACCCAAGGACUAG